AUCUAUGGGCAUAACCUUGCUUUUUUAUUUUCUAACUCUUUGAUGUAGUGGUAAACAAUAGAGCAAAACAAUGUCGCAUUAUAAAAUUCAAACUAUCCCGCAUAAUUUAAGCAAAGAGGAAACCAUCGUCCAAAUGGUGGAAAUUCUCGAUCAUCUGGACGCUAUCACCCAAGAUGUGUUUUCCAGAGUGGGCAAAAGGUUGGAGGAGAACAAUGCAAAGUUAUCCAGCAUAUUCAAGCGAAUAGAUGCUGCCUCCGCCAAAGUGGCCAAUCUGAAAGGGGAUAAGAAGGCGAAAACCGUAUUUUCCAGUAGUAAGUAUCCGGCGGCGGAUAUCAAUAGGGACUAUGUGUCCAUUUUCAAGGAGCCCGUCACGGUUGAAAGGGUGCGACAUGAAGUGCCCCAUGGAAAGCGCGUAUCCACCUUUGAGCCUGUGUCAAAGUUGCAGUUUUACCACGUUAAAGUGCCCGAGAUGAACAAUAAUCAAGUGCCAGAAGGGCUCGGGGAUGUACCAAAUGAUAUCAGCUGUGUAAACGACCUGUUGCUGUUCAACACCGGCAAGAAUGUGUAUAAGGAUUUCAAGCCUAACGACUACUGCAAAAGCCCAACGAUUAUCAGGCAGAAAGACAAUUACGCUACUUCAGAACUAGGGGCUGCGCCCGUUUCCAUAAGCCAGAGAGCAUCAAUGCAGCAGGCGAAUAAAGACAGUUACUUUUACACUCCGAAAAUCGAACAAUUACCUGCCUUGGAUGUGCCUUGGGAUUUGCCCAAUCUGCCAGGCAUAGCUGACGAUGUUCGGUAUGAAGUCGAAGGCUCUGAAGCUGCGAUCAUCAGUCCAUCGGCUGUUAACAGCAGUCAAGUGGUAGAUGUGGAUUUGCCAGACAUUUCCACUUUUACAGCAGUGGAAGUUCCUUCACCGCCCCCACCUCCACCUUUAAUAGAUAUUCCAUUGCCACCACCGAUAGAGCAGAUGCCAGUAGAAGCACAAAAAACUGCCCAACCAGAUAAACCCCCAUCGGUUCCUCAACCGCCAGUUCACAUGGCACCGCCACCGCCCGUUCACAUGGAACCGCCUCCGCCAGUCCCAACACUCCAAAGUGACCCCAGAGCCAGUCUGAUGGAUGCAAUUAGGAAGGCUGGGGGCUCCAAGGUUCUACGGAAAACGAAUGAGCAGUCCCAAGCUAGUGCCCCCAAAGGGGGCGACUUGAUGGCAGAUUUGCAUCUGAAGCUGCAGAUGAGGAGGAAAGGAAUAUCUGGGUCUAAACAGACUGAUCAGGGACAUCUGGGAGGGGCUGACUCUGCAUUUGCCAGAAUGUCUUCGAUCAUUCCUCCACCUACCAAAAGCAGCGAUAUGGGCAGCAGUGUUUCUACUGAUGAUGAUGAUGAUGAUGCUUGGAAUGAUGAUUAAAUUGUAUAAGAUAGUAUUAUUAUUGAAUAUAUAUUUUUUGUAAAUAGCAAA